AUGGAUGAAGCUAUCGAGGCUGUCAGCCUUGCCUGCCAGCCGUGUAUGAUAUUCAAUAAAGCACCGUCAAAGGCGCCGAUCAUUCCCUGGACAACUCCAACUCGACCUUCGGGUCGUGUUUAUCAAGACUUCCUUGAGGUGCGUCGCGGCGCUAGCUUCAUCGUAGCUGCAGACGGUCUGUCUGGUUGGCUAGACGCUGAAAGGACCAAAAGUAUGGACUCCGAGACGGCCAUUCGUUUCUGCCGCCGACUAUUCCGCGUUCAAGGCCUCCCCCAGACAAACGGAGUUGCAGAGCGAGGAGUGCAGACAGUUAAAAAUUUUCUGAAAAAGGUGCCUGAAGCUGAAUGGAACUUGCGCCUGGACAGCUUCCUCCUAGGCCAUAACUCCACGCCGCACUCAACCUCUGGAAUUGCGCCUGCAGAGUUCAACCUUGGCAGACGACCUGUCACUGUCUUGGCUAAAUCUCAGAAGCCGCUCCCUCCCCGUCUACCUGUUGUAGUCCGCAGCUACAAGGACCCAAAGAUUAAGUGGGAGCCAGCGCGUUUGAUCAGGUUGCUUGGCCCCCGUCGUGUACUGGCAGAAACCCCGGACGGCCUUGUCGACCGCCAUCUGGACCAGGUGAAGAUGAAUGCACGCCCUCCAUCCGUGCCGGCUGUGUCAGCUCCUACUCCACCUGUGGCUGCAUCUCCAGCCAAAUCCAUGCGGGCUGAGGUUCCCAUCCUGUUGCCGCCUGCGUGGGAGGAAGUAGAAGAUGUGCCUGCGCCUGACCCACCAGAAGCUACACAAAACCAACCACCCACACCUGCCAGGCCUGCCCGAGAGAGGAAGUUGCCUGGAAAGUUCAAGGACUUUGUAAUGCAGUAA